AUGGCCUUCCAACAAUUUCCAACAUGGCCAAGAACCGCGGCGGAUUCCGAAGACCCCUACAGAUAUCAGGUUGGAUUUGGAAACCACCAUUCCACAGAAGCAAUACCGGGUGCCCUUCCUCCACACGGUACCAACCUCCCCCAGAAAAGCAGAUAUGGACUCUACGCUGAGCUUCUGAACGGCACCUCUUUCAUGUCAACAAAAAGCACAGCUGCCAACGUAUGGAUGUACCGUGGAAAGCCAGCAGCAGCCCGUCACCCGCCAUCACAGGUGGAAGAGAUUUUCCAUCUGGAGUCAUGCUUUCUACCCACGAACUCGAAUGUCGCCUUCACGCCGCUUCCAUAUACGUGGGGUCCUCUAAAAAGCAAUGAAUCGUCGAACUCGGCCACGAACCGCAGGGUCACCUUUGUUCAAGGCUUGAGAACUAUGGGGGGCCAUGGAGACGCCACGCUCAAAGAGGGUCUGGCAGUUCAUCAGUACGAGUUCAACAUGAAUAUGGAGCGUGAGGCCUUUGUUAACCACGACGGCGAGCUUCUGGUGGUACCACAACAAGGGACACUGAAUGUCAAGACCGAGCUGGGCAGCCUCUUGGUCAAGCCCGGCUCCAUUGUGGUCCUGCCUCCAGGAAUUCGAUUUUCGGUCGAAAUCUUCCGUCCAGCCGGGGAUCAGUGGUCAGAAAUCAAAGCCUCCGGCUACGCGUUGGAGGUUUUUGGGACUCGAUACGCAUUGCCCGAUCUGGGUGUGUUGGGCGCAAACGGGCUGGCGCAUGAUCGAGACUUUGAAUAUCCAGUUGCACGGUUUGACCUCGACCCGGACGAGGACACCAGUUCAUUUUGUGUCACCGUCAAGUUGGCCGGAAGACUGUUCUCUUACACACAGCCACACACGCCGUUUGACGUGGUGGCAUGGCAUGGGAAAUAUGCGCCAUAUCGGUACGACUUGUCACGAUUUUGUCAUUUGACGGCGAACACCGAUCAACUAGAUCCAACCUCAUAUUGUGUCCUAACUGCUCCAAGCAAGUGGCCGGCUGCAAGCUUGGUGGACUUUUGCGUCUUUGGGGACAAGUGGGCAGUCUCUAGGAACACGCUCCGAAUACCCUACUAUCACCGCAACAUCGCUACGGAACUAUGCGGUGUCAUUCAUGGCCAGUACAAAGGCAGUGUCAGGCCACUGGAGGCCGGCGGUUUGAGCUUCGAACAGAGCUACAUGCCUCAUGGGGAGACCUAUGAAGCAUAUACACAAGCUAGUGAGGCCGCCAACGAUCCCACGAAGCUCGAAGGGUCUCUGUUUUUCAUGCUCAACGUCUCGUCACAUCUCGCCUUGACAAGAUGGGCUAUGGAGCAACACCCUGACAUUCGACUUGAACGGCCUGGCAUUUGGGCUUCCGUGCAGAACCACUUUGUCCAUCACCUCAAACACGCAGCAGAUGCAUCAUGGUCGGAUGCCACCGACCAGCACAUCCCGACUCCGCCCAAGAGCCCGAACGGCCGGGUUUAAUCGAGCACGAGUCGAGUGGGGGGUCUCAUUCAGGGUCCUUGCUGCUCUUGGAAGCCAUGCAAGAAGGGUUUCGGGAGUUGGCGUGUCAAAAUGCAUCUGGACGGGUUGUAGCCGCUGAUUCUUGGCAACACAGCCUCAGAGACAUUGAACUAGGGGAUGGAACCGAAAACUUGGUAUAAACUUGGCGCUCCAUUGCUGGCCAGCUGCCCGCAGAUUUCAAUUGUACAAGCCUCCAAGCCCCCGCCAACAACAGCACAACACCGGCUGCCUCGGAAUUCUGUUUUGCAGAUCUCGCACUUUGCAUGUUUUUACAGCACCUCAUUCAACGACUAUCAACCACUAGCGGAUACAUUCCAUACAUGAUUUCAGCCUUUCGAAAA